AUUAUCAGUGCGCUUGCAAAAACAGCGUAAAUUGUUUAUAGGUACUACGCAGACUCAGGAUUCACAUAAACUACAACUCCCAGCAUACUGUUCGCUAGAUACGGCAUCCUGAUUCGUCGACACAAAUUGUGGACGCAGUGUGAGGGGUGAGGAUGGCCGAUGUGGUGUUAGGCGUUGGAACCGGUGUGUUUAUCAUCGCUUUAAUCUGGAUAGUGACUCUGACGCUCACCAUUGUUCUGUCGCGCGCAACCGGCCCAACAAAAUUAGGAAUAAUACCUAUAUUUCUUCUGGCGCUCACCAUCACACUGGUUUUAGUGUUCUUCCCUCGCGCCCCUGAAGUUCCCUCCCCUGAGAGAGCAGUUCAGAAAGUGGAUAUGUUCUUCAUCGGCCGCUAUGUGCUUCUGUCCUUGGUGAGUGUGGUGUUCUUGGCAGCCCUGUUCAUGUUGCUGCCCUUACAUUUCCUGGAGCCCGUGUAUGCCAAGCCCCUGAGAACACACUAGACCACAAGGCUUCAUGUGCCAAACUCCUACAGAUAUCCCAAAACGAGGCAGCCAACCUGGCAGCGCUGUCGAUCAGCGAGCCCCACUUGAGAUGAGAGGACAGCAGAAGGAUCCAGGGCUUCUGUCAGAGACAUCCACAUCUCUCUGAGAGCGCAGCACAGAGCAGUCUGCGCAUUGCCAAUGUUUUCAGAAGGGGGUGGUUGGAUACAGUUUUGUACAUUUUGAAUGUCAUUUUGAAUUGGAAAAGUACGUUUUUUUUUUUCUGAGCCUUUUUUCUGUAUUUUGCAGUUUUGUAAUGUUAAAUGUAGUGUAUUUUUACUGUUGAAAGUAAUGAAUACAUCUUAUUUCUAUGUCAAGCUGCUAAUUUGUUCAUUUCUUUAAUUUAAUUAGUGGUGUUUGCUAAGGAAAGCAUUAAGAUUAGGGUUUUUCCCGUUGUGUAAUCGGUGUCUGAUUCAUGAACAGUUGGUUUUGUGACCUGAUUAUUAAGUCAAACUCAGUCACCAGUUUAGUCUGAAUCAUGGGUGACAACUUGAUCAAAUCAUUCAUUGAAAUGAUCUGAUGCAAGACAAAAGAUUAAUUCAAACUAAUUAUAAGCAUCACUUUAUUACUAUUGCUCAUAUUUGGAGAUAUUCAUUUAAGUUUAAUAGUUGUGUUUUUUUUUUUAACUUUGAUCCAGUAUCUCGCAGUAACCCACAUCUCAAAUUGUGUGGCUCAUUGAGGAGAGGUGCUGUUUUACUUUUUAAUGUGAUUAAACGUACAUUUUCACCUGGUGGAUGAUAAAACAAAUACUGCCAAAUGAAAAGUUUUUCACAAGUGAUCAGUGAAAAUACUACAUGAAAUCUUGUUGGUUGAGAGUGAAUUGCUGGAUCUGGAAUCUGGAAUUCUUCAACAAUUAAAGAUGGUUCUUUAAUUUAUUUACAAUUUUAUAUUAUGUAAUAAUAUUAUUUAAAUGUAUCAUAUGAAUGGGCAGGAAUGGGGUAAUGAUUUUGACAUAUAAAUGACGUAGUCUAUCUAACUGCAUCACAACACCAUCAAUUUUACACUGCAGAGGGCACUUCAGUUAUAAUCAGUGCAUAUUUUCAGCCCCUUUGCUGCAUGAAAUCACAUUCUCAUACCCCAGUCCACUAAUUUGUUAUCCGAAAACUCAAAUUUCACUCAUUCACAGCUAAUACCAGAAAAUUUUCAUUUUCUUGGUCCCAUAUUGACAUGCUAAUUUUGGCCUUAUGAAAGUAAGUCAUAUUCUCCGCACAAUACCACAAAGACACAGGGAGCAAAGUCGGGCGGUCCAACAAAGCUUCAAGCUGUGCAAGUUGAUUAUUUUGUUCUUAACAAGGUGAAUACUCUGUAUGGGCUCUUUGUUGCCUCAGACGUUUACUUUCAUUUUCAUAAAUCUCUCUUGGAGGCAAACUUCACAGGCGAAGAUGGAGGUCGUUAUUGCUUAUUAUUUUCACAGGCGUGUUGUACAUGUGUGCUGUGAUCCUUACAGCAUGAAGGCCAUAAAUAACGAGCUCCAGACUGGAUUUAAAACAUGUUUGCUGCAAUUUCACCUGUUAAAAAAUCAUUCAUCAAGCUGAUCAAACGUAUUUGACAUGACUAACAGUCCAGAGUAGAAUCUGGGAGAAAGCAAAAACAGCCAACUUAGUUUGUGGUCAUGCAAAAAAACUUGCAAUAUCCUGUAACUCAUCCCAAAUACUCAUAUAUCUGGAGGUUCUUACACAGAGAGAUUGUGGGAAUGUGAGCAAGAAGUGAGGUGAGGCCAUGUCUCAGUUGCGCCAGCUCUCACCCCUCAGGUCUUCGUGCGAUCCUUAUUUAAAAGUGGGGAGUCCGUCGGGACGUGCAGUGAAAUUCCAACCAGUGCGAUGAAAGAGAAUCUAAUGAAUCAAAUCCAAUCCUAUUAGUUCCGGCCCACAUCGCAACACUGAUGGCUUUCUGCUUGCUGAUCGGUGAAGAUCUACCAGAGCUUGAGAAACAGGGUACUGGACGGAUGGACUGGUACAUGAAAUGGGUUGUGUAAUCAAACCAACGGAUCACAGACGCAUUGAACGGUGUCUAUGUGUGUCAUAUAAUAAAUACAAAAGACAGUGACCUUGAAAAAAAAUUCAGAAAAAUAAUUUCAGGAGCUCUUCUAAAACCAAUGUGUUUAUGGAAGGUUUCCAAAAGAAAAUCAGUUAGAAGUCAUGUAAAUACUCUCACAUUUAUGAUCAUUAAUGUUUUCGUUAUCAAAUAAAGUAAGGACAACAGAAAUAAGGAAGCUCAGAGUCACUGGCAAAGAGGAAGUUGUAUAGCUGCUGCAAGUGGCUGAAUAGGCCAUUACAUUUGCAAUUCACUAAUAUAGUAAAGACACUUGACUUUAGAUUUCUUACAGUCUUUCUCUCUGCCAUUUUCCCUUAUCCCUUCUUGUUGUCCGUGCUGGUAGUGACUCUCUCUCCAGGGAGUGGGAAAAACGGCAGAACAAAGCAUCGGAGGGAGCAGGGCUCAUUGGGAGUCUGAGCUGGAGGCUUUGUAAAGCAGCCAGCUGGACAUACAAAGAGAGUAAGAACGAAAGAGAGAGAAAGCAAAAGAGGGAUGCAGAGCCAGAGAGGUGUAAGCAUGACCCAGGAUAUGGGUGUGGGUGCUGCUGAGGCUCACGAGAGAGGGGG